AAAAACAAUACCCAGUUGUGGAUGCGACUGGUGAUAGAAGCAAGGUCCAGUGCUGUAAAGAACUGGUGGCUAGUACACAGCAAAUUCACUUUCAGGAACAGUGUGAUCAGGAUGCCACCUGGGACCCGUGUCCCUGCACAUUCACUGUGGCUGCUCCCACAUUGCUGCGUCUUCCUGACACUGAUUUAAGAUUAAAACAGUGGGCACUUGGGGGGGUGAUGGAUAUGUUCACUAUCUUCACUGUGGUGAGUUUCAUGGAUCUAUAUAUAAGUCAAAACAUAUCAAAUUGUACAUUUGAAAUAUUUGUAGUUUAUUGUAUGUACUCUUGCCUUAAUAGCACUUUUUAAAUCAUGGAGUCUGAAGACAGCCCUGGUGCCUAGGGCUGGGGCAUGGCAGGGAGGGAAGUGGAAGAUAAAAUGGAGAAUUGGGGGGCGAAAGUCGACAGGCCAGCUUCCUGAAGAGAGGCAAACUGUGGUUCCUCUUCCUAGGUCUUCUAGAGGGUCCCAGAUCUCUUACUGCGUCAUAGUUUGUCAAUAGCAAGUUAAAUUUGUAAUUGAUGUCAGCUUUGAUAGAAUAACUACUACUUCUUCCUUCUUAGGCCUUGCUUUCAGCUCUUCUAACCAUCUUUUCCUCACCAAACUUCACCCUGGGAGGAACAGCCUCCCUUCCUUUAGGAGCAGCACUGAGACAGGUCUCAAUGGCUAGACCUGUUGAGGGAUGGCAUUGCUCAGAUGGGUUGUCCCAAAGCAGAUAGUGAGGCAUGAAUUUGGGGACACAGGGUAGCCUGGAGUGUGAACACUUGAGACGUCCUAGGCUGGGCUGGGCUUUCAUGCUGCCGCCCACCACCCACUGGGAGAAGAGGAAGAGGACACCUACUUCCAGGAAUGCCCUGAAUUCUUCACUUUAGCGUGGGGCCACUCCAGCCGCCGAUGGCAGUUUCCCCCAGGAGAGGUGGAUUCUUUACCAUCUGAGUCACCAGGGAAGGCCAAGAAGACUGGAGCGCGUAUCCCUUCAGUUCUCCCGGGGAAGUUCUCCAGGGGAACUUCUCGAUCCAGGAAUCGAACUGGGGUCUCCUGCAUUGCCAGACGGAUUCUUUACCAGCUGAGCUACCAGGGAAACCCCUUCAAGGCUAUCUCCAGAUCUAACUUCUCACCAUGACUGCCGAGGAGGACACCAAGUGGCUUCAGUGGGUGGCACAGCAGUUUGAGACCAUUGCGGGAAAAGAUGGGGAGAUCAACCUGCAAGACUUCAAAAAAGCCCUGCAGGUGAAAGAGUCUUUCUUUGCUGAGAGAUUCUUUGUCCUGUUUGACUCGGAUGGAAGUGGCACCAUCACACUUCAGGAGCUGCAGGAGGCACUGACCCUGCUUAUCCACGGCAGCCCCAUGGACAAACUCAAAUUCCUCUUCCAGGUGUAUGACGUCGACGGCAGCGGCUCCAUCGACGCUGACGAGCUGCGCACCGUGCUGCAGUCGUGCCUGCACGAGAGCACCAUCUCGCUGCCCCAGGAGAAGCUGGACCAGCUGGCGCUGGCGCUCUUCGAGUCGGCCGACAAGGACUGCAGCGGCACCAUCACCUUCGAGGAGCUCCGAGACGAGCUGCAGCGCUUCCCCGAAGUCGUGGAGAACCUGACCAUCAGUGCUGCUCACUGGCUAACGCCUCCAGCUCCCCAGCGACGCCAGCGCCGACCUCGCCCGCUGACCUCUGCCUACUGGCACAACCACCGCAGCCACGCGCUCUGCCUGGCCGUCUUCGUGGGCCUCCACGUGCUGCUGUUUGCCCUGGCAGCUAGUGCCUACCGGGCCUUCGGAGCCAGCGUCAUGGUGGCCAAGGGCUGUGGCCAGUGCCUCAACUUUGACUGUAGCUUCAUCGCGGUGCUGAUGCUCAGGCGCUGCCUCACGUGGCUGCGGGCCACGUGGCUGGCUCAGGUCCUGCUGCUGGACCACAACAUCCAGUUCCACCAGCUUAUGGGCUACGUGGUGGUCGGGCUCUCCCUCGUGCACACCGUGGCCCACGUGGUGAACUUCGCGCUCCAGGCUCAGUCUGAGGCCAGCCCCUUCCGGUUUUGGGAACUCCUGCUCACCACGAGACCUGGCAUCGGUUGGGUUCAUGGCCUGGCUUCCCCGACCGGCGUGGCUCUGCUCCUGCUGCUGCUCCUCAUGUUCGCCUGCUCCAGCUCCUGUGUCCGCAGGAAAGGCCACUUUGAGGUGUUCUACUGGACCCAUCUGUCCUACCUCCCCAUGUGGCUCCUGCUCAUCCUGCACGGGCCCAACUUCUGGAAGUGGCUGCUGGUCCCUGGCACAUUAUUCUUCCUGGAGAAAACCUUCAGCCUGGCAGCAUCCCGCAUGGCGGCCCUGAACAUCGUGGAAGUCAAUCUCCUCCCUUCCAAGGUCACGCAUCUCCUCAUCAAGAGGCCGCCUCUUUUUCACUACAGACCUGGUGACUACUUGUAUCUGAACAUCCCCAGCAUCGCACGCUACGAGUGGCACCCCUUCACCAUCAGCAGUGCUCCUGAGCAGAAAGACACCAUCUGGCUACACAUCCGGUCCCAGGGCCAGUGGACCAACAGGUUGUUUGAGUCCUUCAAGAAAUCAGACCCACAGUUCUGUGGUUCCAAGAGGCUCUCGAGGAGGUUGGAGAUGAAGAGGAGUCAGAGGAAGUCCCAGCAGGGCGUGCAGCCGCAGCCCAUGCAUUUCCGAGCCUCAGCACAGGGUGCGUUAGCCUCCAGCACGGAGGUGGUUGUGGAGCUGACAUCCUACCGGCAGGAGGGAACUCCGUGGCAGGAGCGCGAAGGCAUGGUGAACACGGGGACAAAGGACAGGACUCGGGCACAGAGGGAAGCUGCAGCCGAGGACCGGGCCCUGCAGGUCUCCGAGAUGUGCUCUGAGAACCACCAGUUCUGUAACAUCAAGUGCUACAUCGAUGGCCCUUAUGGGACCCCCACUCGCAGGAUCUUUGCCUCCGAGCAUGCUGUGCUCAUUGGUGCAGGCAUUGGCAUCACACCCUUUGCCUCCAUCCUGCAGAGCAUCUUAUACAGACACCAGAAGAGAAAACACAUUUGCCCCAGUUGCCAGCACUCCUGGAUGGACAGUGGUCAGGACGAGGACAUGAAACUCCACAAGGUGGACUUCAUCUGGAUUAACCGAGACCAGCAGUCUUUCGAGUGGUUUGUGAGCCUGCUGACCAAACUGGAGAUGGACCAGGCCGAGGAGACGCAGGAGGGCCGUUUUCUGGAGCUGCACAUGUACAUGACCUCUGCGCUGAGCAAGAACGACAUAAAGGCCAUUGGUCUGCAGAUGGCCCUUGACCUCCUGGCCAAGAAGGAGAAGAAGGAUUCCAUCACGGGCCUCCAGACACGCACCCAGCCUGGGCGGCCUGACUGGAACAAGGUGUUCCAGAAGGUGGCCGCUGAGAAGAAGGGCAAGGUGCAGGUCUUCUUCUGUGGCUCCCCAGCUCUGGCCAAGAUCCUCAAGGGCCACUGUGAGCAGUUCAGCUUCAAGUUUUUCCAGGAGAACUUCUAGCCCUGCCUCUCCCAGCUCUGCCCAAACCCACACUGCCCACCAGCCUGAUGAGACUGCUGCUGGUGCCCUGCAGGGACCAGCCUCAAGAGGACCCAGCAAAUCCAGCUCCACAUGCAGAACAGGAGGCCAUAGGAGGCAGAUGGACUUCCUUAAGAGCCCAGGGAGAGGGCGGGGCCUUGUGGGGUGCUGCUAAGUCCUGGGCACGGAACAGGUAAAGAUGACAACCAUGAUGGUGACACCUCUUAAAAGGGCUGGGCAUCAGAGCGGGACCUGGGACACAGCAGGUGAGGGGAGUGCAGAGGACACUUGGAGUCAUCUUGUGGGUGACAAUGAAACGACAUCGGUGAGAGAAGUUCUUUUCAAAUAGCAGCAGCAAAAGGGGACUUCCCUGGUGGCCCAGUGGCUAAGAUUCUGCGCUCCCAAUGCCGGGGGUCCAGGUUUGAUCCCUGGCCAGGGAACUAAAUCCCACAUUCCACAACGAAAAGUUCCCAUCCCGCAACUAAGAUAUCCCACAUGCCACUACUAAAGACCCCACACGCCACCACUAAAACCCAGCACGACCAAAUAAAUUUAUUUUUAAAAAGCAGCAGCAGCAAGAAAAGGGGAUGGUAGAUAAGGAUGUUGAAGUGCACCUUGGGGCAGAGGGCAGGACAGAGCAUGAGGACUGGGACAGAGAAAAGGUGGGACACAGGACAUCAUAUUCCGGAUGCAGGAGGAGCGGGAGGAAGAAUGCAGGAGGAAGAGUGGGACCCAGCUGUCAGCCCAGUGUCUGCGUAUCGUGCAGGAAAUAAAUAGAAAUGUGUUGGAAGAGGGUAAGAAGGAUACACACCUAACAGUGCCCAGCGGUCAACUGGAAGAAGGGAAAUCCAUCCUGGGGGGGAUGAAGACUCCAGCAGAAAGGCAGAGAUGACUGAAGAAAGAGCGCUCUCAAGGAAGCUUCCUGCCUCCCAACAAUAGCUCUGUGACAGUGGCCCCAAAUUAGCUGCCCUAAUCCUACACCACCUGGAAUCACCCCAGUUGCAUGAGUGUUGCCUCCU